CUAACAUUUGGCCAUGUUCACCAUAAGGCUUUAAUCAUCAAAUUUUUUUUUUCAACAAAAAAUUUUUUAAAAAUUAAUUUCCUUUUAAUAAAACUAAAAAUCCCAUAAAAUGAGCGCUAUAGCCAGUGCGGCGGGUGUUAUAGGUGGCGCUGUUACCGCUGCCACCAGUAACAGUUGGUUUGUACCCAUGCUAGUGGCGGCCAUAGCCUACUUUCAAUAUGAAGAGAUUAUGGAUCCUGAAUCUAAGCCCAAUGAUACUCCCGGUGAUGAGAUAAGAGAUCAUUAUGAUUUUAUUAUAAUAGGCGCCGGUUCGGCGGGAUCAGUGGUGGCGAAUCGUUUAACGGAAGUGGAAAAUUGGAAUGUCUUAUUACUGGAGGCGGGUGGAGAUGAAACGGAAAUUUCGGAUGUCCCUCUAAUGGCUGGCUAUUUGCAAUUGAGUAAAAUGGAUUGGAAGUAUAAGACGGAGCCAUCGGGUACAUCGUGUUUGGCUAUGAAUGGCGGUCGUUGUAAUUGGCCUCGUGGCAAGGUGCUGGGAGGUUCAAGUGUUCUUAAUUACAUGUUAUAUCUUCGCGGCAGUAAGCAUGAUUAUGACGGUUGGGAGGCGCAGGGUAACACCGGUUGGGGCUAUCGAGAUGCUUUGUACUAUUUCAAGAAAUCAGAAGAUAAUACAAAUCCCUAUUUGGCCAGUACACCGUAUCAUUCUACCGGAGGUUAUCUGACCGUAGGUGAGGCUCCUUAUCAUACUCCUUUGGCGGCCAGUUUUGUGGAGGCUGGAGUUGAAAUGGGUUAUGAGAAUCGUGAUUUGAAUGGUGAAAAACAAGCUGGUUUUAUGAUAGCCCAAGGUACUACUCGUCGAGGCAGUCGUUGCAGUACAGCUAAGGCCUUCUUGAGACCGGCUAGAUUAAGACCUAAUCUGCAUAUAUCCAUGAAUUCCCAGGUUACACGUAUAAUGAUAGAUCCUGUCACCAAAUUGGCUUUUGGUGUGGAGUUUGUUAAAGAUCAAAAACUGUUCCAUGUUAGAGCUAAAAAGGAGGUUAUUUUAUCGGGUGGAUCUGUCAAUUCUCCACAAAUUUUAAUGCUUUCGGGUAUAGGUCCAAGAAAAGAGUUGGCCAAACAUCGUAUACCCGUGAUUAAGGAAUUAAAUGUGGGUGAAAAUAUGCAGGAUCAUAUAGGUUUGGGUGGCCUAACUUUCUUGGUUAAUCAACCGGUUUCCAUAGUGGAAAGUCGAUUCCAUUCUAUGUCUACGGUUUUACAAUAUGCUGUAUUCGGUCAGGGACCUUUGACUAUAUUGGGCGGUGUGGAAGGUUUGGCUUUUGUUAAUACCAAAUAUGCUAACAAAUCUUUGGAUUGGCCAGAUAUAGAGUUUCAUUUUGUUUCCGGUUCCACUAAUUCGGAUGGUGGCAAUCAGCUGAGAAAGGCUCAUGGUUUAACUGAUGCUUUCUAUAGAGCAGUUUUUGAAAAGAUUAAUAAUCAUGAUGUUUGGAGUAUUAUACCUAUGUUGCUGAGACCCCGUAGCAAAGGUUCUAUUAAAUUGAGAUCUGGUAAUCCCUUUGAUUAUCCCUAUAUAAUACCCAACUAUUUGGCGGAUGAUUUUGAUUUGAAAACUUUAAUAGAGGGUGUUAAAGUGGCUGUAGCUCUAUCACGCACCCAAGCCAUGCAAAGAUUUGGUUCACGCUUAUCCGCCAUUAAAUGGCCCGGUUGCCAACAUUUACAAAUGUUUACCGAUCCCUAUUGGGAGUGCAUGAUAAGACAUUAUACUUGUACUAUUUAUCAUCCGGUAGGCACUUGCAAAAUGGGUCCCUAUUGGGAUCCCGAAGCGGUGGUAGAUCCCCAGUUAAGGGUUUAUGGCAUUAGAGGUUUACGUGUCAUUGAUGCCAGUAUAAUGCCCACCUUGGUGAGUGCUAACACCAAUGCUCCCGUUAUAAUGAUUGCUGAAAAGGGUUCCGAUAUGAUUAAAGAAUUUUGGAUUAAGAAUACAGUCGUUUAAUUAGUAUUUAAGUUAAGUCACUAAAUCUUAAUUAUAUAUUAGUUUAAUUUUAGUCUUAUUUAGCAUUAUUCGAAACCAAAUUGAAACUUUUAUUAUUUAUUUGUAUUUUAUAAAAAAAUUAAUUUUUAUUAUAAGUUUUAUUUUUUACUUAAAAAAUAGUUUAUUAAGUUAUUUAUAAUAUUUAUUACAAAGUUUUGUCUUUCGCUUAGAAUUUUAAUUUUAUUUUAAGCGCAAUUGAUUGAUUAAAUGAUUUUUUAUAUAAAAAAGUACGCCUAAUUAAAAAUUAAAUAAAAUGGAGAGCAAAUGUUAAG